GCGAUUAAUUUCAUUAUCCUAUUUAUUGCCAAAACCGCCGGCAUAACAUCUGUGAUACGGCUGGCAUAACCUCCAAGCCUGAAACUUUAGCAUUCUCUCUCUCUCCUUAGGGUUAGGGUUCAAUCUCUAUCAAUGGCCUCUACUAAUGCCAUGGAAAUUGCGAACCUGAAGACGAUAGAACAAGCUUUCAAGCUAAUAGACACCAAAAAGGAAAGCCUUAAACGAGCAUAUGAUGAUCUCCAAGCUCACUCCUCUCUUCUCUCCUCCUUCUCUCUCUCCUGGGCUGACCUUGAUUCUCACUUUAACUCCCUCCAAACCAACCUCAAGCAACGUUUCAACCACAUUCAAUCCCUCCAUUCUUCUUCAUUUUCUCACAAUAAUCCUCCCCAUGAUGCUGCUGCUGCUUCCGAUCAACCGCCGACGAUUGUCGGUGGGGACCCAUCAUCUUCUUCUAACCCACCUGAUCAUGGCGCAGUGACUCUGUCCGUGGUGGAAGUGCCCGUCCCCGUCCAAGACCCAACUUUGUCUAAUCGGACAAGUCAGCCUCAAACUCAGCCUCAGGGAGUCCCUGUACAAGACCCAUCGUCGUCUCUUAAGCCAUUGAAUCCAAACCAGGCUACUCAUCCGGAAUUGUUUACUCUGUGCGAGAAGAUGGAUGGGCAAGGAUUGAGGAACUAUAUAAACGACCAUGCAAAAGAGCGGGAAUCUAUCCGGACAGAGCUUUUAGGCUUAAUGGGGGCUGCUCCAGACCCCGGAGCAAUGGUUUUGGAUGCAAUGCAGGGGUUUUAUUCAUCGAAUUCUAGGUCUAAAGGUGACAAGGACAUGGAUUUGUAUCGUUUAAGAAAGAGCUGUUUGGACGUAUUGGAGGUUUUGACAGAGAUUAAACCAAAUUUAAGCAAUGAAGUGAAGGAGAGAGCUAAAAAGUUAGCUUUUGAGUGGAAAGGCAAAGUGAAUUUGAAUGGGGAUAGCCCCCUAGAGGCACUAGGUUUCUUGAAUUUGAUUGUGGCGUAUGGAUUAGAGAAUGAAUUUGAUGCAGGUGAGCUUUUGGAUUACUUUGUAGUCGUUGCUAGGUUUAAGCAAGCUACAGUUCUGUGUCGUUCUAUUGGCCUGGGAGACAAAACUACAGAUCUCGUUCAAAAGCUUAUAGACAAUGGCAAACAACUUUUGGCUGUCAAAUUUAUAUUUGAAUUUGGCCUGACUGACAAGUUCCAACCAGUUCCUCUCUUGAAAGAUCAUCUGCUGGAGUGCAAGAAAAUUACUAAGGACAUUUGCAAGGAUGGAAAGAACUCCAUUAAGGCACAGAAUGAGGUCAGAGCCAGAGAAGUUAAUGCUUUGAAAUCAGUACUUAAAGUUAUUAAUGAACACAAGCUUGAUUCUGAUUAUCCAAAGCUGGACCUUGAGAAGCGGAUUGAGAUGCUAGAGAAGCAGAAGGCAGACAAAAAAGUGGGUCAACGGUCUCCCGAUAGUAAGCCUCAGCAGCAAGCAAAGAAGCAGCACCAACAGCAGGCAAAGCAACAAGCAAAGAAGCAGCAGCUGAACGGAAACAAGCGUCCUCGAUUGAUUGCAUCAACUGGCCCAGCAGCAAUUCCAGUCAGCAUUGCUGGUUCCAGUUCAACUCUUCCUCCAUUUCCACAAUCUCAUUUGCCACCCGCAGGUUUGUUGCCAGCUGCUGGGCCCGGACCUUAUGGGUUAGUGGGUUCAACUCCUCCUAUUGCUUCUUAUGCAGGUGCAUCAGCUGGCCCCUAUGGCUUGGCAGGAGCUGCUAUCAGCUUCCCUGGUAACCCCAGUUCAGCUGGUGCCCUUCCAUACUCUUCAGAUCCAUAUAUGCUAUCUGGUUAUUAUGAUAGGCCAUCUGCUUAUGGUGGAUAUGGUUUGCCUCCUCAAUACCAUUCAAAUUACUAUCCCCAGUAGUUUUUGGGUAAAGAUACUGUCAGUGAUAGUAUAACUUUGGAUGGUAUAGUAGUUGUUGCCUGACUUUUCAGUGCUGGUUAUCAGGAAGCAAGCUUUGCUUUUUGAUCAGCAUGGAUGUAGUGUGCUAUUCAAAUUGGUUAGUUGGUUUGCAAGUUUUGGCACACUUUGAAGUGUUUAUACAAUACUAAAAAUGUUUAGGAAUUUGUUUAUGUUUUUCAUGUUGUAUGUUUAUGUUUUUUUCAUUCGUUGGAAAGGCCUUUGGAAGGUCAUACACUCAUACUACAUGGAAACUUUCUUCA